AGUUUAUAGACUGGCCAAUGUUUAUUGUUAUAAAAUAAAUGUUAAAAAUAAACAAUUAAUCACUUAAUAUAAACAAAAACUAGUGCAAACAGCAAGUGCGUUGUAAAAACGACCCCUGCCCUACGAAUUUCCUUAUUGCGGGCAUAAAAGCCCAACAACAACAACGACACCAGCAGCAGCAACAACAAUAAGUAGGAGAUUCAGAUUCGCAACGCAAUCAAAACGAAAUAAAAAAAAGGAAAAAAACUACAAGGCGAAACGCAUAAAUAACUAGGGGAACAAAUAAUAGUAAUAAUAAGACUAAAAGCAAGUGGAAAAGUACGAAAGCAAAAAGAGAAAACAUAUGUACGUUGCGUGAGAGUGACGUGUGUGUGUGUGUGAGCGAAAGAGAAAGAGCGAGAGGGGAGGCGAGGCGAGCAAAAACAAAAACAACAUCACAGCAUAAGCGAGACCUUGAAAACUUUAAAAGCAGCAAAAAAAACAACAAAACAGCCAAAAAUAAGAAACUAACAGCUGAAAAAGUAAUAAAAAAAAAUAGUUUACCCGACAAAAAUUCCAUAUAACAUUUCUAGAAGUGCGGAGCGUAUACUCUGUUAUGGAGAGUGACGAUUUUCAUUUACCGCAAGGCGCCAAUUAAAGGGGAAAAUCCAUAAACCGAGGAUUACAAGUGGAUAACAAGGACGCAGAAACGCCAGAAAAAGUCUGAAAAGUCCAAAAUGGCAGCAGCAGAGGCGGGCAACACGGGCACGACAGGAUCAGCUGGCUCCACAGGAUCGGGAUCGGGAACUGGAAGCUCCUCAGAUCCAGCGAAUGGACGGGAGGCCCGCAAUCUUGCCGAGAAACAGCGACGGGAUAAGCUUAAUGCCAGCAUCCAGGAGCUGGCCACCAUGGUACCACAUGCAGCCGAAUCCUCCCGUCGCCUGGACAAAACCGCCGUCCUCAGAUUCGCCACCCAUGGGUUGAGACUUCAGUAUGUCUUUGGCAAAUCCGCCUCCAGGCGUCGCAGGAAACCCGGCCUUAAGGGAUCGGACAUGUCCGCGUCACCUGUCGGAGAUCUACCCAAUCCCAGUCUGCAUCUAACGGACACUCUAAUGCAACUGCUGGAUUGCUGUUUCAUCACGCUAACCUGCAGUGGCCAAAUCGUUCUGGUCUCCACCAGCGUGGAGCAACUAUUGGGCCACUGUCAGUCUGAUUUGUAUGGCCAGAAUCUGCUGCAAAUCACUCAUCCCGAGGAUCAGGACCUUUUGAGGCAACAGCUAAUACCCAGGGAUAUAGAGACCCUGUUCUAUCAGCAUCAGCACCAGCAGCCGGGUCACAAUUCCCAGCAGCACUCCACUUCUACAUCGGCCUCAGCUUCGGGCAGUGAUCUGGAGGAGGAGGAAAUGGAGUCGGAAGAGCACCGUCUGGGGCGGCAGCAGGGAGAGGUGGACGAAGACGAGGAUCACCCCUACAACCGACGCACACCCAGCCCGCGGAGAAUUGCCCAUUUGGCGACCAUUGAUGAACGGCUACGCAUGGAUCGCCGCUGCUUUACCGUCCGUUUGGCUAGGGCUUCUACGCGAGCGGAGGCCACUCGCCAUUACGAGCGGGUAAAGAUCGACGGCUGCUUUCGACGCAGUGAUUCCUCCCUGACCGGAGGUGCCGCUGCCAACUAUCCGAUUGUUUCCCAGCUGAUACGGCGCUCCAGAAACAAUAAUAUGCUGGCUGCUGCUGCAGCGGUGGCAGCAGAAGCGGCGACGGUGCCGCCCCAGCACGAUGCCAUUGCCCAGGCGGCACUGCACGGAAUCAGUGGCAACGAUAUUGUCCUGGUGGCCAUGGCCAGGGUGCUGAGAGAGGAACGGCCGCCUGAGGAGACGGAGGGAACCGUGGGCUUGACCAUCUACAGACAGCCAGAACCCUAUCAAUUGGAGUACCAUACGAGGCAUCUAAUCGACGGCAGCAUCAUCGACUGUGAUCAAAGGAUUGGUUUGGUGGCGGGCUAUAUGAAGGAUGAGGUGCGCAACCUUAGUCCCUUCUGCUUCAUGCACCUGGACGACGUUCGCUGGGUGAUUGUGGCCCUUCGACAAAUGUACGAUUGCAACAGUGACUAUGGCGAGAGCUGCUACCGUCUACUGUCCCGCAACGGGCGCUUCAUCUACUUGCACACCAAGGGCUUUCUGGAGGUCGACCGUGGCAGCAACAAGGUGCAUUCCUUUCUGUGCGUCAACACGCUGCUCGAUGAGGAGGCGGGCCGGCAAAAGGUGCAAGAGAUGAAGGAGAAAUUCUCGACAAUCAUCAAGACGGAUAUGCCCACGAAGAGCAGCAGUCCCGAUUUGCCCGCCUCCCAGGCACCGCAGCAACUGGAGAGGAUUGUGCUCUAUCUAAUAGAGAACCUACAGAAGAGUGUGGAUUCGGCGGAGACGGUUGGGGGACAGGGCACGGAAAGCCUAAUGGACGAUGGCUACAGUUCGCCAGCAAAUACGUUAACCCUCGAAGAGUUAGCUCCCUCGCCCACGCCCACCUUGGCCUUGGUGCCGCCGGCUCCGUCUUUGGUCAAGAACUCCAUCUCCAAGUCGGUGAGUGUGGUCAAUGUGACGGCGGCCAGAAAGUUUCAGCAGGAGCAUCAGAAGCAGCGUGAACGAGAUCGGGAGCAGCUUAAGGAGCGCACUAACUCCACGCAGGGCGUGAUCCGCCAAUUGAGCAGCUGCCUAAGCGAAGCGGAAACAGCAUCCUGCACCCUAUCACCAGCCAGUAGUUUGAGUGCCGGCGAAGCACCGGACACGCCCGAUCCGCACAGCAACACGUCACCGCCACCAUCGCUCCAUACACGACCCAGUGUCCUGCAUCGAACCUUGACCAGCACGCUGCGAUGACGGGCUGACGGAACCUGGUUUGCCUUCUAAUUGGGUGUGGAAUGGAUGGACGUCAUUGGUAGCUCACAUGGCUCACAUACAACUUAGUGUCGGUAAUAUAAUCCUAGCCAAUUACAAAGUGAAAACCCAAAAUGUAUCAGGAAAACGGGCAUUAAUCAGAUAGUUUGAAAAUGUAGCCAAAAAACUAAAAACGAUGUGUUGAAUGUUUUGCCAGAAGAACAUGGGUUGAAGAACCUUUUUCGUAUUCACAUUUCCAAGCUUUGAGCAAUCAGACAUUUUAUUUUCAGUAUAUGAGUUGUCUUAUAAAAGCAAUUAACAAACCAGAACUCGUAAUCAAGCAAUUCUGUAAUUUAAUAUGGGAUUUUCCGCGAUUUUUGCUUUCUACGUACUUUUCAACUUGUUCCAAACGCAUUAUUCAUUAUACAGCGAACAUAUCUAUAGGGUUUCCGUAUUAUAAACAAAAUUUACGUGGUUUCAUUUGAGUUUAAAAAUAACCAUGGCUAUAUGAUGAACAUGCAAUAUAAGCUCGCAUUUAUUUUGAUAUGAUGAUAUUAUGGCAGUAAUAAUGAUCUGAUCACGAUAAACGUUUUUCUCAAAACACAAGCGAUACAUUUUGGGUAUAUGGCUAUUACUGUUUCUGUGUGUGAUUUCGGUAUAAAAAAGUAGUUUGAUUACAUGUUAUAUUGAAUGGCGAUCGGUGUGUGCUGCUAAAUGCGUUCCAUUAUCAAUAAUCUUCGUUAUGUAAUUACGUUUAAUUUGUAAAUAUGUGUGAGUGCGCGCGAGUGUGUGAGUAAGUAAGCAUGGGUAUGAAUGAAUAUUAGAUCAGUGCUCGGAUUUGGUUUUAGUUGAAAUUUAAGCCCCAUUUCCCAAUUUCCCAGUUAUCACCUUCCGCCCCAAACACCAGUGUAAAAAGAGUACAAAAAAAAAUAGAAAACAAACAAACAAGAAAAUAUAUUUAUUUCGCCCUAAGUCUAGAACGUGCUAAAACAACUCAUUAAUAGUUAAACGGAUGUUGCAAUCGAUGGAAAUUAAACGUUCGAUUUUAGUUUUGCCAUCUCACUCGAAGAAAGAGAACGGACUACACACAGUCAAACUUCUCCAAGUCAAAUUUUUAGAAUUCUGAAUUGGACAUUUUAUUAGCUUGUAAUUUUUUUUUUUUAAUCUUAACAAAUCUUUUAUAUCCCUAUGCAAAGAACACUUUCACGCGCAGCUAUAUUUUAAAACAUUAUAUAUUAUUGGGAACAUUACAAAGAAUAUAGAGAACGAAAUUAGAAACUAGGAAUGCCAAAAUGUAUAUUUUAAAGUAUGCAACCAACUACACCAUAUCUAUACCCUCAUAAAAGUUUGUUCAAAAAAAGUGCGUCACUGAUAAAAAAUCCAAUAAUCACUUAAAUUAUCCAAGUAACACGUCUAUAAUGUCUGCCGGAAGAAAUACGAUAAAUUUGUUGUUUAGGUUCGUAUUAGCGAAGUUUGGCUGUAGUUCAAUACUCACAGAAAGGGAGCGAGACAUAUUCCCAUCUCGCUCCGGCGUGUUAUCAAAGCCUUUGCCAUUGUCCUUGGCGUUGCGUUCUUAUCACCGGCGUAUCAGAGGGAAUAUAUGAUUUUUUUUCGGGCAAGUGGUUCUAGUGGUAAAUAUAAGGCGGUGGGUGGUUUCGGGGGGUUGAGGGCAUGGCGGAUGGUGAAGGGCGUAGUGGAGAGGGGGGGACACGUUUCGUUAUUUUUUUGUUUUAUAGCGAAAUUCAUCUAGCUAUAAACGUAUGCAUAUAUACUAUUAACUUAUCGUUUAGCUCAAUUUUUUGUUUGUCUUUCUAAUUAUUACUCGGUUUGUCUAGUGUGUAAUUUAAUUAAAAGUCCAAUGCUAAUUCCCCAGCGAACCGUUCAGUGUUUGUUCAUACGAGUUGUGCUCUUUAAACACUUUUGGCUUAUCCUUUCAUUUAAUUUUUGUUUGUUUUUCUUGCGUUGUUAUAUGUACAAAUAAAAAUAAAAGUUUGAAUUGUUUUUUUUUUAGCAAUUUAGGUUUAAGUGUAAUGUCAAAUGUCAAGAGGUAUACUCUGCAUAAGAAUAAUAAUGUGUAAUGUCAUUUUUAGAACUUGCUAAUCGUUAGCAAUUAAAAAAUAGCCUGUAAUUAACAAUAAUUAAUUAUAAUAACCAGUAACAGUUCAUGAAGAUGAAACUUUAAUAAAUAAUAAAUUAUAUAAAUGAAAA